AUGUGAAGCAUGGCAGUGAUGGUGGUGGGCCGACUUGCUUCCAGCGCCAAUGACAUGGUGGGGCUGUCGCCCAGCAACCUCAGCGUCGGCUCCCAUGACUGACUCGGUUACCACUACUUAGGCCAGCAUGCCCUUCUAUUAAGGAUGAUGUCGCUGCCACCUGGAAUUUGGUCACUUGCAUCUUUUCCAGCGAGUUUGACAACAAUGGGCUAUUCAUAGUAAUGCAAAUGCUACGUCAUAUCCUUUACUACUCACGGUGCUUUAUUUAAGAUGUGAAGCUUGACAGUGACAAUGGUGCGCCGCCUUUCUUCUGGCGCCAACGAGACGGCGGGGUUGAAACCCCGUAACCUCGGUGUUGCCUCCCCACUAUUGUCUCAUCUACUUAGGCCAGGCCACUACAGGAGAGGUGCAUCGAUGACCCGGCACUAUUCAGACUCACUUGAAGAAGGACGGACUGGUGAACCCCCAGUGUUGGUGAUGAGUACCAGAUUAGAUUCAUCAGCUUUCUUAGCUUGUCGUGUUAUUGGGUUGGCAGCAUAUGAUGGCCUGGUUGCUGCUUCCUUGGAGCAGUCCAGCGGCCACAACAUUGGUGCCAUGGACGCCACAUGGACUUGGGCCAUGACAACUGUGUCGUCCGUGUCUACGCCUGCGCAACUGCCUGCCUUCGUUCUGGCCAGGGGACUAUAUAAGAGAGAUGCGUCGAUGACCCAUGACUACUCAGACUCGCUUGAUGAAGGAUGAUGUGGUGAACCCCCAUCGUUAGUGAUGUGUAACCAGAUAGAUGCACCGGUUAACUUGUGUUAGCUUCGUUUUUCCGAGAAAGGUUUGGCAGGAUGAUUUGGACUUUACCCACUGCAUUAAUGAAUGAAUUGAACAGUUCCAUUCUUUUUCA